GCUCGCUGGGUAGGUGACAUCGUGAAAUCCCGGGAGCCUGAACGCAAAUGGAUUAGGAAGCGAACUGUAGGAAAGCUUUCUCAACAAACUCUUUCAGUCUCAAAACGUGCAUAGCUAAUUUCCAAAAUUUUGCAAUUCGAUAAGAAAUAACAUCCAGUACACGUUCUACUGAACUAGUUUACAUCUUGGAUCAUUUUCUUCAACAAGGUAGCGGACCUUCUUUUGCAAGAACCUAGCUACUACCUUUGACCAAAAAAAGCAGAAGUCACAACUUGCCUUUGGAGGGUAGUUCUGCAGGAAUGUCGCAGAGAGAAAGACCUACGUUUUAUCGGCAGGAGGUGAACAAGACGAUUUGGGAGGUACCAGAGCGCUACCAAACCUUGUCUCCAGUCGGGUCCGGGGCCUAUGGAUCAGUUUGCUCGUCGUUUGAUGUGAAGACUGGCCUGAAGAUAGCUGUAAAGAAGCUCUCCCGGCCUUUCCAGUCCAUUAUCCAUGCCAAGAGGACCUACAGAGAGCUGCGACUACUCAAACACAUGAAACAUGAGAAUGUGAUUGGCCUUCUGGACGUCUUCUCCCCUGCUACCAGCCUGGAGGAGUUCAAUGACGUGUACCUGGUGACCCACCUGAUGGGGGCGGAUCUCAACAACAUAGUGAAGUGUCAGAAGCUGACGGAUGACCACGUGCAGUUCCUCAUAUACCAGAUUCUCCGGGGGUUAAAGUAUAUCCACUCCGCAGAUAUCAUUCACAGAGACUUGAAACCCAGCAACCUGGCAGUGAAUGAGGACUGUGAGCUCAAGAUCCUGGACUUUGGGCUGGCGCGGCACACCGACGACGAGAUGACGGGCUACGUUGCCACACGCUGGUACCGAGCGCCGGAGAUCAUGCUGAACUGGAUGCACUACAACAUGACAGUGGACAUUUGGUCUGUGGGAUGCAUCAUGGCAGAACUCCUCACUGGAAGGACCCUGUUUCCUGGUACCGACCAUAUUGACCAGUUGAAGCUCAUAAUGCUUCUCGUUGGGACGCCGGGGCCUGAGCUCUUGAUGAAAAUCUCCUCAGAGUCUGCCAGGAACUACAUAAACUCUUUGCCGCAGAUGCCCAAGAGGAAUUUCGCCGACGUGUUCAUCGGAGCCAACCCGCAAGCGGUGGACCUGUUGGAGAAGAUGUUGGUUCUGGACACCGAUAAGAGGAUCACUGCUGCCGAGGCCCUGGCCCACCCCUACUUCUCCCAGUACCACGACCCGGAUGAUGAGCCCGAGGCCGAACCCUAUGACCAGAGCUUCGAGAGCAGAGAGCUGGAGAUCGAGGAAUGGAAACGGCUUACGUAUGAGGCUGUGUGUGACUUUGAACCGCCCAUCUUCGACGGAGACGACAUGGAGUCGUGAUUUGAUGAUGCUGCCUAGACACGCCCCUCCACACCCACAACUCUAUUACUUUGAAGUUCUUACUUCAUUAAACCGUUUGGGGGGGGAAAAAUAAGAUUAUCAGCCCAGUGCCUACAAAACCUUAGUCUCUAUGGUUAGUUAUAUUUCUCCCAUUGUCUUGCCCACUGUUUUGUCUCCAGUCGGGUGUUGCAACUCACAUAUCCUGGUCCUGGACCUGUAGGUCCUGUGGCGUAACCGUGGCAAUUGCAGUUUUUCAUUGCAGCGGCCAUUGCAGUACAUUGUGGCUGUACAGCGCACAGAUCUGGGAUCAGGCUAUAACUUAAAUGGAGAACCGGAGACAUUUUGUGGGCAGUUAAAGUUUGUACAAAACCCACUGGUCUUCAUCUCCCACAGCGGUGGCUCUUCAACCUCUCAUUUCACCGUGAACUAGCUCGGCUGACUCACUUAUUCAAGGGCUUGAUAGUUAGUAGACAGAUACGCCGAAACGUUAAUCAGGGGUUCCCCGGGGAGAGGUUUGACAACCCGGGUUCUAUAGCGUACAGUCUUUUCAAAGGAGAAACGGCAAGCCAAAACCAGCCACUAAAACUGUUAUAGGUCCAUAGCCCUGAUUCUGUUGCUGUUGUCUCUCUGUGAGGCCCAAAUGUCAUCCUAUUCCCAGUAUACUUGGUGAAGCCUAUAUUUCAGUUAGUUUUGUAUUCCUCCUUCAGAAGAUUUUCUUCCAGUUGUUAUUACUACGAGACUUCAGUUGCUCAUCACUGUGACAUUCAAAAAGGAAUUAGAUGCUGAAUCGAAACGUCCGGGGGAAAUAUGGCUGUGUUACUGUUGCGUGUGUAUUUUAUUUAAAUUACUUGGUGGUCCAUCGCCUGAGGUGUAUAAUAAUGCUAGUUAAGUCACGUGCGCUCUGCCAAUCUGGACAUGUCAAUCAUAGCAGCAGCAUUGUCAGUCACGCUUCUCAGAAACCUUUCCGGAAUGAUCUGCUCUACCGCAUCUGUUAUAUUGCAUUGAGUUGUCUCAUGGCAUUUUUGAUAACAAUAUAGUGCCUAACUUUAACAUUGUAAUGAACUUAUGAACUCUGAGGAAAUGUUUCAGCUGUUUUGAAUACAAUUUUUAUUUUUUUGCUUUAGAUUCAUUGUAGAUGAAUCUCCACCCCCUAACCCAUAGUAUUGGAAGUGUUCAAUCUUUCUAACGAUUGGUUAAAAGUCAGCCUGCAGACGCUAAACCGUUUGUCACCUUUUUGAACCAACACUAAUGUUGUUAUUCACUUAGUUGAAUAUCCGAACGUUAGUCUGGCAGAUUCAUUUGGAAUUUUAAUAAUGAUGUCCUUUUAUUUUGAAGUUGCUGCCCCUCACCCGCUCCUUCUUUCGAUGAAGGAGCUGGACCUGGGGGCGGAGACACGGUAAAUUACUGAGAAGUAGCUCCAGUAUAUAUGAAUAACCUUCCCAGGACUCCGGUCUCGUGGAACCAGAUUGAAUGCUGUGCUGAAAUGGACACAAUGCAGACCGGUUCAAUCGUUCUGCAGUUUUCAAUACCACUUACAUUUACACAUUUGAACUUUGAAACUAGAUUGAGUUGAUCUGAGCCUCCCUGGCAUGUCGUUGAAUGUGCCAAAUCAUUGUGGCAUUAAUUCAAUUUGGAAAAACGUGCUUGUGGGUGCAGAAUCUAGUAAUGCGUAUGUAAAUAUGUUCUAUAUUUUUAUUUUUUAAUCUUCAUGACUUUGUGGUUUAUUAUUGAAAUGAUUUCAAACAAUCUUCAUUAUCAGCAUGUUACUUAUGUUAUGUGUGUGCAUUUUGAAUACAGGUGUGUUUACAGGAGUUUGAAGUGUCAUGCUUAAAGCCGCAAAAAAUUUAAUUAUUAAAUGAAUGUCAAAAAUAAGGGAAUUACUUUGAUAUAUUUAUACUUUGUUGAGAUGGUAUUUAUAAACUGGAGAGAGAUACUUUUGUUUAUUUUAGCCAAGCCCCGUAGAAGACUUGUCUAGCAGAGUCACUAUAAGUUUAAUUAAGGCCUUUAUAAAUAAAUGAAUAAAGACAGUUAUUUUUAAGAG